GGUAGUUCGAGAAGGUCGUAGGUGGGUAGUGGUCGAGGUGCUUUCUGCGACUGCUUAGUAAUCAACGUUGCAAUAAAUCGCUGCUGUUAAAAAUAGCUAGUGCCGGAGCAGUCACGUGGUGGGACAGGCAGCUUUGUAGCAAAGUCCCCCACCAUCACCAACUUCGAGAAGCCAUUAAUUGUUUGGUUCGGGUUCUUAAGUAAGACUUUGAGAUUGAAGAGACAUUUGAGUUACCAAAUCAGAAUCGUAACAUUGAGGAUCAUCACAAGGCCUGCUCUGUAGGUAUUUCUCUUGGUUCACUUUCCGGCUUCUAUUCAAGUCGUGAUAGAGUCUAUCUAUCGAUGAUCAUGUGCUCAUCACCUGCCUUCAACGUACAGACCUCUUCUCCCUGCCAGGGAAGUGACUCUCUACAAAAGACCUACUAUAUUUGGUGAGUUCGAUCAAGUGCUCAACAUGGCAAGUGGCUAUGAUUGUACUGUUCAAGUUUUGCUCAUGGCAUCUACCAUCCGACUUCCAAUCCACGAAUCCCAUUCUUACACCCCUCCGGUUAAGGUUCUAAUCGUCUAUUACAUAAAAGAAGAAUACAAAACAUCAUGCAGCCCAGUCCGCUUCCGGUUCUUCGUGCGACAAAGCCGAAGGAUGAAAGAUUUACUCAUUUCAUCUUCGACUUCGAUUGCACAAUUACCAUGAAUGACACUAGCCAGCUCAUUGCAGACACUGCGAUUGCACAUCAUCUUGCCGAAGCGAAAGAUUUCACUCAAGUGUGGCAAGAAAUCUUCACUACGUAUGACGCUGAGCAUACUGCUUAUAUUGAGGGCUACGAGCCGAAAUGGGAUACAUUGGAGGGAAUAAUUGAGCGUCAAAGGAAUCAGAAGGAAGUCGAGAUUAGAAGCAUCAACCGCCUUAACAGAUCAGGUAUGUUUGCAGGCAUAAACAAAGCGGAAUGGCGAGCUGCUGGUGGGCUUGCUGUCUUGGAAGGAAAAUUGAAGAUUAGAAAAGGCUUCAAGGAAAUUAUAGAUGAGAUUGAGAGACGAAAUGGUGUUUGGGGGGUCGUCUCAGUUAGUUUCUCAAAGGACUUCAUAAAGGGUGUAUUGGAGCAGUAUUUGGGAGAUUGUAUCGACGCACCAAUCCUAGCGAAUGCUCCAGACGAAGCAGGAAUCCUAAGGGGCCCUGAAUGGGGCUGGGAGCCUGGAUUUAACACUACUCAAGCUAAAUGCAUGAAUUGCAAUAGCGGACCCUUUCCUAGCACCCAAAAUUUGGUUGAUCACUUACUACAAGUUCAUAAUCGAGAGUUUAUGGCACCAUUAACAACAUCGGACACGAAACUAGGCGCAAUGCAUAAAUUGCUGCAACAUUGGAGACUCGACACCACCGAUCAAGCGGCCUAUUAUGGCGAUUCUACAACAGAUAUUGAAUGCCUCUUUGACCGUUGUGUUAAAGGUAUUCUUGUAGGAGAUGGAGGCGGUCAGAUUCUGGCGAUGCUUGAUUCUCCCAAAGGCCCUGAUUUUAUGCUGGUUGAAUCAUACACUACAGACUUUGAAAAUAUUAUUAUUCGUCAACCACGUCAAGAGCUUCAAUCCUAAAGGAAGACAUAUGAUUUUGCAACAAUGCUCUCUCUUUCUGGUCGGACGAUUCGAGCCCCGUCAGUACGGUCUUUACUUUUGGAUAUUUUCAUGGUCCCACUUUCGGAAUUAAAUUCAACAAUAUCA